AACAAUUAUUAUCUUGAUAUACAUGUACUAUAUAAAACCUUAGAAGAGAGAGUUAGAAAUGUUUAGUUUUUCUUUAUUUUUGGCCCUUAAGCACCUUUUGACUAUCAGAAAAUAUAAAAACUUGGAAGAAACCAGCAAAAGAGGAGAGGAGGGAGGCAAGUCAUGCGAAGUCGCUGGCGGUGGAGGCGCCGAGACCGAUCCACGGAGAGAGCCAGAGUCAGACAGAUCGCUGCGGGAGGGAGUGGAGCUUCGAGUCUGCAGCCGUACGGAGGCAAAGCAUCAUUAACCAAUGGAAGUCUUCGCUCAGGCGCUGGUAGGGGAGGGAAGUGCUGUUUGAAUCGCAGACUGAAGCCGGGUCGGGUGGAGCUUCUGUGUUGGUUGGGUCUGGGCCAGGUUGUUGGCCCGUUGCACUGAAGCCGGGUCGGGUGGUGCUUCUGUUUGAAUUGCAUAAUCGUACGAUUUUGCGAGAUAUCUCAGUCUAUUUAAAGUCUUAAUCCUCACAGUUCUCUUCCAUGAAAUUAAAGAGCGUCAAAAAAGAAGAGUGAAAAACAAUACUCACACUUCAAUGGCUUCUCCUUCUCUCUCAGUUCCCUACGCUCUUCUUCCAAGCCUUCAACAAACACACCUCAUUGAUGAUGAUGAUCCUAUAACUGUUGACCGAAGCAUCUUCAGUUUAUCAGAGAAAAAGCUUUAUGAAUGGAAGAACAUAUUGAAGGGUCAUGUUGGAGCAUGGUGUGUUGGUUCUUCUCAUGGUUGGAUUAUACUUUUGGAUCAGAAUGGAGUUCCACUUCUUCUAAACUCUUCUUCUUCCACUACCAUUAACGUACCACCUCUUCCCCUUUCAUUCUUGCACCCUGUCACAUAUUCUUACUUUGCUGAAUACUUAAGGAAAACCUUCAUAGUCAAAGCAAUCUUGAUGUGUUCUUCCUCUCCCUCAAGCUACAUUCUUGCCAUCAUAUAUGGUUCCAACUACAAGAUUGCUUAUUGCAACUCUGCAACUUGGGUUGAGCUCUCUGAUGAUGAGCAAUCUUAUAGUGACAUUGUGUUCAGCAACAACUAUCUCUAUGCCUUGACACAAGAUGGUUCUGUUGAAGUCUGGAAUAUUUGUGGGCAAAUUCCUAAAAGAUUGAUUCUUUUAACACCACCUGUGGAGGCAAAUUAUGAAGAGGAAAAACCAUAUUUAGAAAAUAAUUUCUCAAGAAAUUUAUACUUAAUGGUAUCUGCAGAAGAAAUCUUGCUGGUGACAAGAUUUAUUGGGAAUUUUGUGAAUGAUGACGGGUUGGUAAUAGAAGAAGGAGAUCUUUUAUCAUCUGAGGAUACACAACCAUUGAUUUGUCCUUAUAGAACAAAGUAUUUUAGUGUUUAUAAACUUGAUAUUGAAGACAAGAGAUGGAAAAAGAUGAGAUCUUUACAUGAUAAAGUUCUGUUCUUGGGUGCUAAUGAGUCUGUAUCAAUGGAUGCUAAAGCUUGCUUAGGGUGUGAAGCAAACUCGAUCUAUUUCACAGAUGAUAGGUGGGAAGAGAUGACUUUGGACUACAUGUAUGGUGGACAUGAUUGGGGUGUUUUCAAUCUUCAAGAGAAAUGUAUUAAGAGCCUCAUGCAAUGUGCAAAUAGGAUUGAUCCUCCACCAAUUUGGGUAGUUCCAUAGUAAUUUAGAGUUUGCCAUUUAGAAUGAUAUGGUUCUUUUGUAAUUGAUUUUUUUUUUUUUUGUUUUUUCUGUAUUUGACAAUUCAAAAAAUCAUGUAAAGAACUUAAGAUUCACUGACUGUUUUUAAGUACAUAUGACACAUUACAAUAUAUCUUUUUCUUUCCUCCUAGUAAUC